GGAACCCAAGUGCCACCUCCUUCUCCAUGGGCUGCGCCACCUCCAAACUCUACGACAUGCCGGCCGUCGCUUUCUGCCGUGACCGCUGUGACUUCCUCGAGGAGGCGCUCCGGCAGAGCUACGCCCUUGCCGAUGCGCACGUGGCGUACAUGAAAUCUCUUGAGAGUCUAGGUCCUGCUCUCCGUUUGUUCUUUGAGCAGACUGUCGAUUCUCCAGGCUCAACUGAGAAUUCCUCGAAGCCGUUUUCUCCUCCAUCUUCGUUUGAUCGCUCGCCUUCAACCACUUCGAAUUCUGAUUCGCACAUUCGAUUCGAUUCUAGUUCCGAUGAGGAAGAAGGACACGGCGGUUCUGAAUUCGAACUUUCUAACCAUAUCCAUUCCAAUUAUCUCGAUCGUUCAAGUCCAAAUUUGUAUUCUUUGGGGAAUCAUAACCACGGCACUAAUGCAGACCGAGCGUUUGAUUAUUUCUCACACAGUAAUGGAUUCUACGAUUCUGGAUCGAAAACGCCACCGCCUCCUCCUCCGAGGAGCACAGCUUGGGAUUACUUGAAUUUUUUUGAUGAGUCUUACCAGAGAUAUGAAUUGCCUUACUCUGCCAGUGAAGCGGCGAGGGACAAGGGAGAUAACAAUCUUGAAGUUAAAGUUGUAAAGCAAAUUCGAGGAGAUAAAGAUGUUGGCGUGAACUCUGCUAGUAAAGUGAAUGGAGAAGAAAAUGGGAUUCCAGAGACUACACCAGUAGAGAAGAAGAAGGAGAAGAAGGAGAAGAAGGAGCAGCUUAAAGAGAGCAGUGAUUCGAAUGAACCAAAAAUUGAAAGAGGAAAGCAAACAAUCUCUGAGGUUAUAAGAGAAUUGCAAGUUUUGUUUGAGAAAGCUUCUGGGUCCGGCAAUGGAGUUUCAAAGAUGCUUGACACUGGAAAAUUUCGUUAUCAUAACAACAAAUCUGUUUACCAAGGUUCUUCAAAGAUGUUGAACAUGAUUACUUCAAAUUUUCCGGUAGAAGAGCCCUUGUUAUCAACUGAGACGAUUGGUUCUGAUUCUGAGGAAUAUUGGACUGUGAAUUUGGAGAAUCUUUCUUCAACUCUCAAGAAGCUGUGCAUGUGGGAGAAGAAACUCUAUGAUGAAGUCAAGGCCGCAGAAAAGUUGCGUGUAAUUCAUUCAAAGAAGUCUAGGCAGAUGAAAAGUUUGGAUGAGAAUGGCGGUGAUGCUCGUAAAGUGGACUCCAUCAGAACUUCAAUCUGGACUUUAUCUACUAAAAUGACAGUUGCAGUUCAAGUCAUUGAUCGGAUUUCAAUCACAAUAAAUAAGUUGAUGAAUGAGGAGCUGUGGCCACAGAUUUGUGAACUGAUUCAAAGAUUGCUUGAAAUGUGGAAAGCAAUGCUAGAAUGUCAUGGGUGUCAGUAUCAGACAGUUAUAGAAGCCAAAUGUUUGACUGUUGUUGCAUUGAAAGGGAGGCUUGAUGAUGACCAGCUUGAAGUGGUAAUGCAACUGAAACUUGAGCUACAAAAAUGGUGUCUAACCUUCUGCAUUUGGAUUGAAGCACAAAAAGGCUUUGUCAAAGCUUUGAAUGGUUGGUUAUUGAUAUGUCUUCAAUACGAACCCAAGGAAACAGCUGAUGGUAUGCUACCAGGCUCUGACAGAUUAGCUGCACCCCCGUUGUUUCUAAUUAUUCACCAAUGGUCUCAAGAAAUGAAUAGAUUAGAAGAGAAGAAAGUAGUUGAAGCCAUACAUGAACUUUUCACGAGUGUAAAUCAUUUGCUGGAACAACACAAUGCAGAAUUGCAGAUCGUUGACAAGGAUACAGAAAGAAGAGUGAAGAUCUUGGAGAGGAAGGAGCAAAAGAUUCAAAAGAUAGUGCAGGCUCGGGUGAAGAGGAUGACUCUACUCCCUAGGGAAGAAACUGAACCCCUUUUAGCAAGAGAGGCCAUUCAUGCAUAUGAGAGUAAGAACACAAAAGCUACCAGCCUUAAGUUGGGUCUAGAACAUAUUUUUACAGCCAUGGAGAAGCUUGCUUCCAUCUCUACUCAAGCUUAUAAGGAGCUGCACUUGUACAGUCAAGCAGGCAAGGCCACUCAAGUUAGCCCUGAACAGAAUGCUUCUGACUCAUAGAUAAGGCAUUCUUAUGUCUACGGUAUUUGCUAGCCUCUGGAUUCGAACAGACUAUAAGUUAACACAAGAAAUAUAGGUUGCCUAUUUGAUACUUACAAAUUUUUGUCGUAUCCUCCAUAAUAUUGUUUGUAUAUGUUUCCUGCAUCAAGUGUCUUCAGACGACGUCUGUGUUUAUUGAAACAGAACUGGUAUAUCCU